GUUUCGAGUUCGUAGAACAAGGUCCGACUCCAAACCUUUUUGACAAUUAAUAUCGUCUGAAGAUUUCAAACAGUAUUUAUUUCUUUUCAGCACUAAACAACGCCAACAAUGAGUGGAAUUCCUGGAACAGCUGUAGUUCAAAUAACCAAUCUUUCGUCUGCCGUGAGUAGUGACCAAAUGCGCACUCUAUUUGGAUUUCUUGGGGACAUCGAGGAGUUGCGGCUAUACCCGCCGGACAAUGCACCUCUCUCUUUCUCGUCCAAAGUAUGUUACGUAAAGUAUCGAGAGCCAUCCAGUGUUGGUGUGGCACAGCAUUUAACCAACACUGUUUUUAUUGACAGAGCUUUGAUAGUGGUUCCAUGUGCUGAAGAUGACUAGACUGGCCCAGCUGUUACACUACACUAGCCUGAGUAAGGCAUUGUUUUCCAAGCCACUAUCCCCGAUGGGGCCAACGCAGCCUUCAAGGGGGGAAUGUGACCAGGAGAAUAGCCCGCAGAGCCCUCCAAGAUGGACACCUUGUCUCUUUUUGUUUUCUUUUUGUUUUCUUUUGGUUUGUUUCUUUUCAUACUUUUCCCAUGUUGUCCUCUGUCUUCUCUCUCUAGAAAACUACAGUAUUGCAUAUUUCUAGAUUUUUUUUUCUUUUUCUCUCAAUUGUUUUUGGUUUAUUUUGGUUUAUCCCACCCCCCCCCCCCUUCUCCUCCACAGCAAGUUGUGUCUGAUUUGAAUUCUGUCCAGGUUGCCAUGGCACCCAGGUGGAAUGUGUGUCACACAUGGGAUGCUAUGAACCCGACUAACACAACUUGACUCUCUGUUCCUUGUUGAUACAGUCAGGUGUUAUUGUAUGAUAGAGCUCAGUCACAGCUAAUUUCUGAACUUUGGUGCAGGGCAAAUUUAAAGUAUGGCUUCGCUUUUUACGUGAACUUAUCCCAAAGCCGUUAGAUGACGUUCAAGUGCACGUUAAGUUUGAAGCUAAUGGUUUGCUUGUUAACUGUUUAAAGAUCACGAUUUGCCCUUUGGAAAUGCAAGAUCUUCACACACUUUUUUUUAGAUGUAUUUCUUAUGUUUUUAAGACUAAAGUCGUGCCCCUGUAUCAUUCCUCCUUUUUCUAAUGGGGAAAAUGACCAAACUGACCCACAAUCAAGGUUUCUAAUCCGAUAGUUUUUUUUUUUUGGCUAGCAAAGUUUGGGGAGAUUUUCUAAGAUACUUAAAAAAUGUUCUUCUUUUCUGAAUCUGAUGUUCUGUGUGCUAUUAGUGAUGCAGCCAUCAUGAUCCGUUGUCUUGUGUUGCACACCUUUCCAACACUGCGAAACGAUCGCCCCCUGGGGAAAGCGCCCAUGCUUGAUAUCGUAUGGUUCAUGACCAAUAUGUUUCCAGUACAGGUGACACAUAACUCAAAGUGUUAACUCAAUUCUCUGCAUUUCUUUCUUUUUUUUUGGAUCUAUGAAAAAAAAAAAAAAAAUCUGCCUUUUUGUUUUUGAACAGAAGUCUUGUUAACGUCUGUGUGUUCAUAGCUGUUGAUAGAAGGGCGAUGAAGGGAUCUAGCUUACCAAACGUAAGGGUGGAAUGUGAGGAGUUUGAGGCUGGUCCGCCUCCAUUAAAAACCCCCAGCAGCAGAGGCUACAGUUACAUUAGUCGCUUGGUAGCGAGUAGAGCUCUUAAGAUGUACAGUGCGAAGAAAGGCUAUGUCGUCUUUCUCUAGAAAUACUGGGCUAAUUUGUGCAGACAGAGAGGAGACAGAGGGUAAGAGUCGCGCCACUGCGUCCGCUAACUCUCUCCUGUUGUCUGCAGGCAAGAUCCCAGAGGAGGCCAAAGCCUUGUCUAUGCUGGCGCCCGCCGUCCCCUCACCCGGACUGGUCCCAGGAGGAGGGCUCCUGCCCAUACCCACCCCCGCCCCUCCCGUCCACAACCAGCAGCCUCCACAGUUGAGCCUACCUGUGGCGAACCUGGUGGCCCUGCCGACUGUCCUGGACCACUCGCUGACAGCCCUGGCUGGGGGCAGCUCCUCCCAGCCCCCCCUCAUGGGCAACGUGGACCCUUCCAAGGUCGACGAGAUCCGGAGGACCGUUUAUGUCGGCAACUUGAAUUCUCAGACCACCACCGCGGAGCAGCUGCUGGAGUUCUUCAAGCAGGUGGGAGACGUGAAGUUUGUGAGGAUGGCCGGCGACGAGACGCAGCCCACGCGCUUCGCCUUUGUGGAGUUCGCCGAUCAGGAUUCGGUAUCCCGAGCCCUCAAUUUCAACGGAGUCAUGUUCGGAGACAGACCCCUGAAGAUUAACCAUUCCAACAACGCCAUCGUGAAGCCCCCAGAGCUGACGCCCCAGGCCGCAGCCAAGGAGCUGGAGGACGUGAUGAAGAGGGUGAGGGAGGCCCAGUCCACCAUCGCCGCCGCCAUCGAACCAGAGGAUGAGAAGAAGCCUUCUCCCAGUCACUCCAAGCGGUCCAGGCAGUCCCACUCCAGCUCGCGGUCCCGGUCACGAACACGCAGGAAGAGGUCUCGCUCCAGCCACAGGAGCAAGCCCAUCCAGAGGUCACGACCCCGGCUGAGCGACCGCCACAGUUCCAGGAGUUCAGGCAGGAGGCCGUCUCGCUCCAGGGACCGGAGGCCGAGUCGCUCCAGGUCCAGGGACAGGCGGAAAGACAAGGAUGUGAACAUGAGAGGCAAGGUGGAUGGCCCUCAAGAGAAGGGUGAUAGGAGACAGAAGGAGACAAAGGGCAGAGCUCCUGCAGACAGCUCCGGGGGCUUCCUGGGGUCGGGCAGCGCCAUCAGGGACCACCGCAGACGAAGUCGGGAGCGAUCCAGAAGCCCUCGCAGGAAAGCCCGCUCGCCUACUCCAAAGAGGGGGAGGAAGGAGAAGAGGAGGGAGAGGGCCAGCGAGAUCAGCAGGGGGCGGAGGGAGAGAUCCACCUCCAGGAAGAAGAGCAACCGAGAGCAGGAGCGGACAGAGCGCAGGGCCAAACCUGCCAAGGUCAAGGUGGAAAGUGACAGAGCGGGGAGAGACAACAGGGAAGACUCCGCCACACCCAGCGAAGACGUGAUGUCAUCACCCUGCGCCCGGCACAACGGCAGUCAUAGCACAUACCCAGACGAUGACAUCACAGCAUGAACUGACUGUGCAGGCACCUGGCUUGCUACUUUAUGAUCUCGUAUGGACUUGCAAUCGCACACACACACACACACACCCACACACACACACACAUGCAACAGUUCCCUGAAAUGGCACAACAACUUGCCAAAACCUCAAUCAUCACCAACCUGCCAUGGCCAUUUCUAGUUGAUUGACUAGCUUUGAGUUGUGUGUUCAGCUAAUUGGAAGUGUGUAGCUGUAAGAGAAGGCAGAGUCCAUAACCAUGUUGCUGUGAUCCUGCUGUUAUAUGAUAUUCAUAUGGAAAAAGGAACCUGGAAUCUUUCUUUAUUAGUGAAUAUGGUUUGACAUGAAUAGUUAUAUUUCUUUUGUUUCUGCUGCAUACAUUUUCAGUUUAUUAAAAAAAAAUAAUAAUAAUAAUUCUGAGAUCAGUGUAUGCACUACCCCUCACUCAACAUUUCUGUAGUCUAAAAACAGAUUUCAACAUUCAUAUAGUGAUUAAAUAUUCAUAUGAAGUGUAAGUAGUCAGAGAUGUUGCAGUACAGGGUCUGUACCCAACGCCUGACACCACACUGAAGUUCAGCUUUACACACAAGUCAAUGCAUUGCUUGUGAGCACAGGCAAGUCAAAGUGCCUAGACUGAGAUUGUACAAAAGUCACUGUAUUAGUAUACUGUAUAAAGAGCUGUUAAGAUUUAAAAGAAAUGUAUUGUCCUGAUGAGGUGUCAAUAUGUGAUCGGGCAGUUUAGACAGUUUAGGGCAGUUUCAGACAUAAUUUGAAGUCGUGUUGUCUUGAUAUUCAUAAAGUGAUUGGUUUUUAAAUCUUUUUUGUGUGUUUACUGAAUUACACGUCUUUUUUUUCCCCUUUUAAAUCGUAUUUUGAUGAUCAGAAUUCUGUAUUUUGUACCCAAUGGCUGUUUAAACACCAUCCUUCGGUAUGUGCUCCAUUACUUUUGCUAUUGAGCUUUUAUUUCAAUUUUGUAUUUGUUGCUGGUAGUUACUGUAACUUUAGAUGAAGAGUUGAAC